CACCAUCGGGUUGCCCUCUACCUUUUCCAGCUGAGCUCUGUCUUGCUUGAGGACCCUGCUGAAUAUGAGGCUGCUUGUUCAAACUCUCACUUUGUGCCUGGCGCUCACCCUGGCCUUCACUGCUCCCUCUCAACAUGAGGAGAAACAUGGUGAAAAAGAUAAAUCACAUGGUGAUAAGGAGCAUGGCCACAAAAAACCCGAUAAGCACCAUCCCGAUAAGCACCAUCCCGAAAAGCUUGAUCGCUGUGCAGGAGUCAAUUUCGAUGCGGCUGCUGUGGACGAGGAUGGAGUUCUUCAUUUCUUUAAAGGCGACCACCUAUUCAAGGGUUCCCAAGGCAAGUCUGAGCUGUCUAAUAAAACCUUCGCGGAGCUUGAUGAUGCCCAUCAUCUCGGACACGUGGAUGCUACAUUUCUAAUGCACUCUGAGGACAGCCCAGACCACCACGACCACCAGUUCUUCUUCCUGGACAACAAAGUGUUUAGCUACCACAAGCACAAGCUGGAGAAUGGCUAUCCUAAAGAUAUCUCCGAAGUUUUCCCUGGCAUCCCUGAUCACUUGGAUGCUGCAGUGCAGUGUCACAAGCCUGAAUGUCCAGAGGACACCGUCCUCUUUUUUAAAGGUAAUAAGAUGUACCACUUCGUUAUAAAGACCAAGAAGGUUGAUGAAAAGGAAAUCAAAGGCAUGCCCAAUUGCACAGGAGCCUUCCGUCAAAUGAAGCAUUAUUUUUGCUUACACGGACAUCAGUUUUCCAAGUUUGACCCCAUCACAGGUGAAGUUCAUGGCAAAUACCCGAAGGAGACCCGUGGUUACUUCACAAAAUGUUCCAAAUUUGAAAAUAAGACCACUGCAGAACACAUCGAGAGAGAAAAAUGUAGUCGUGUACACUUGGAUGCCAUCACAUCUGAUGAUGAUGGUAAUAUACAUGCUUUUAGAGGGAACCAUUUCCUCAGCAAAACUGGUGAUAAAUUUCACUCGGACACUAUUGAGAAUGCUUUUAAAGGUGUGCACGGUGACGUGGAUGCAGCUUUUUCUUAUGAAGGCCAUUUCUACAUAGUCAAGGACGAUCGUGUAUUUGCGUACAACAUUAAAGAGCCGCACACACCAGUAGAAGGUUUCCCCAAACCUCUGAAGGAGGUGCUGGGAAUUGAGGAUCAUAUUUGUGCCGCAUUUGUGUGUGCUAAGCAGAACGAUGUUCAUGUUAUCAAAGGUCAGACACUCUAUAAAGUUGACAUGAAAGCCACACCACGUGCCGCUGUGAAGGAAGGAACCAUAACAGCGUUUAAAAAGGUUGACACUGCGAUGUGUGGACCCAAUGGUGUGACUAUUAUCACUGGUAACCAUUUCUACAAUUAUGAAAGUAUCAUGGUAAUGCUUGUGGGCAAAAUUAUGCCUGUACAGAAAAAGGUGUCUCAUGACCUGUUUGGUUGUGACCACUAGAGAAUUUCGAAUAGAGAAAGAGGAUCUGUUACCAACUGUACCCAGUGUCAGCAACAUAGAAAAGCCAAACAAACCAAACUCAGCCAGUAUCUUAUGCACUUUUCUAUAUCGCUUUUUACAUUUUGUUGUCAAGAGAAUGUUCCUACCUCUAAUGUUCUGCUCAGAUGUAUCUAGCCCUUAUACAUGAAGAUGCACAAGCUUACUUUUACUUUCGUAGCACUCUGUGGUGUCUCAUCUAUGUGAUACCACCAUGCUAUGUUUUAUUUGAGCAUUUCAUCCAGGCCUGUGUACUCUGUGGUUAAUAAACAAUCUUAUCAUUUG